ACAGUUUCGGAAAACCAAUAAAUUUUCUCUUCUCUCUCUCUCUCUCUCAAUCUUGUCUGUUCGAUGGCUCGCACGAAGCAAACUGCUCGCAAGUCCCACGGCGGAAAGGCUCCUCGGAAGGACAUAGCACGAAUAGCUGCACGAAAGUCUGUUCCAACAACUGGUGGAGUGAAGAAGCCUCAUAGGUACCGUCCUGGAACUGUUGCACUACGUGAGAUCAGAAAGUACCAGAAGACCACUGAGCUCCUGAUCCGGAAGCAACCAUUCCAGCGUCUUGUUCGUGAAAUUGCUCAGGAUUUCAAGACGGACUUGAGGUUCCAGAGCCAUGCUGUUCUUGCUCUUCAGGAAGCUGCUGAGGCAUACUUGGUUGGUUUGUUCGAGGACACCAACCUGUGUGCGAUCCAUGCCAAGAGGAUUACCAUCAUGUCCAAGGAUAUUCAACUCGCUCGCCGUCUUCGUGCAGAUUAGAUUAGGAUUCUAGUAUCUCUUUCGUUUCGUUUAUUUCUCAAUGCAGUCUCAUGUUCUUAGGGAUUUAGUUUCUCUUUCGUUUCGUUUAUUUCUUAGUACACUGUCAUGUUCUUAGGGUUUUAGUGGCAGGCGUUCUAGUUUCCUAUGCAUUUUCAAUGGUAGUUCUGUUCUGGACUA